GCGGCGGGCUGUGCGCCUGCGCGGAGCUCCGGGACAGGGCGCGGUCCCCGUUCCCGUUCCCGUCCGCGGUCGCUCCGAGCCGGCGCAUCUGUUGCUGCUGCAGCGCGCGAGGCGGACGCCUGUGCUUCCCUCGCCCGCCGGGUCGGCGCCGCGCUCCGCGAACAUGUCCAAGUCCCUGAAAAAGUUGGUGGAGGAGAGCCGGGAGAAGAACCAGCCGGAAGUGGACAUGAGUGACCGGGGCAUCUCCAACAUGCUGGACGUCAACGGCCUGUUCUCCUUAUCCCACAUCACACAACUGGUCCUCAGCCACAACAAGCUAACAACUGUGCCACCAAACAUAGCAGAGCUGAAGAAUUUGGAAGUGCUUAACUUUUUUAAUAACCAGAUUGAAGAGCUGCCCACACAGAUCAGCAGCCUUCAAAAGCUCAAACACCUGAACCUGGGCAUGAAUAGACUAAACACUUUGCCUCGAGGAUUUGGCUCUCUCCCAGCUCUUGAGGUCCUUGAUUUGACUUACAACAACUUGAAUGAAAAUUCUCUUCCCGGAAACUUCUUCUACCUUACCACCCUGCGUGCACUCUAUCUAAGUGACAACGAUUUUGAAAUCCUGCCGCCAGAUAUUGGGAAGCUCACAAAGUUGCAGAUACUCAGCCUUAGGGAUAACGACCUGAUCUCGCUGCCUAAAGAAAUCGGGGAGCUUACUCAGCUUAAGGAACUCCACAUUCAGGGGAACCGCCUGACCGUUCUGCCCCCAGAACUAGGAAACUUGGAUUUAACUGGCCAGAAGCAAGUGUUCAAAGCAGAGAAUAAUCCCUGGGUUACCCCAAUUGCUGACCAGUUCCAGCUUGGCGUGUCCCAUGUUUUUGAAUAUAUCCGUUCUGAGACGUACAAGUAGAACCCAGGAGCGGAUGUACGUAAGAACACUAUUUCCAGGACCAGCCAAGGCACCCUUCAGCCCUCAUGUCACAUUUGAGCCUCAGUGAACUUUUAUGGACACCCUUUGAAGAGUGCCGUUCUUUCCCACUCUCUAAGAUUUCCGAAAGCGCAUCUCAGUAAUUAAUCCACAGGAAAUGGGCUCUUGUUUGGCAUUGUCUUCUUCCCGCUUUUCUGAAAUCAAGCCAACUAACUUCAAUCAAGUCAUAAUAAAAGUUGUGCUAAGAGAAUGAAAUUAUACUCAACAUACCCAGUCAGAGAGCUUUUUAGGCUGUUAAGCAUUUAGUUGAUACAUAUUUGCAUAUCCGAGUAUAAUGUUGCAGAUUUUUAAACCAUUGAAUGAAUGAAUAUUUAAGAAAAAGAACUCAUGAUUGUUUUAGUUCAUGCGCAUAGUUUCCAGCACAUUUAUACUCGCCCAUCCUGUGUGGAGGCGAGGCGGAAAGCCUCAUCACUACUAUAUGAAGCUAACAGUGGUUCUUAUUUUUAUGUUUUACACACCACACACAAUAUGCACACAGAGUAUUGUUUUGUGAGAUGAGUUAUGUGUAGGAGUCUGAGAGAUCUAUUUGUAUCCUGGCUCUGUCCUAAUUGUGUAUCCUUAGGCAUAUCCGUGAACUCUUCUGUACAUCUCAUUGGCUCUAAAAAUGGAGAUGCUGUUCAUAGCCUAGUUUAUUAAACAAAUGCUUUUUUAUUAAAUAUAGAUGAUAUAUGUCAGGUUAUGCAGAUAUGAGGCAUCAUUACUUCUCUUUUUUCACUUGCUCCCAUGAGCACUAUUUGAGUCUUUGGAAAGAUUUUUUUUUUUUUUCUUUUUCAUUGGUGACUCCAAGUUUAAUGGUUUGUCUCUGGUCUACUCCUAUUUUUUCCGCUAGAUUUUCUCAGCUCUCCCUUUUAUACUUUUUAAGAAAUAUUUUUAAAAAAAUUAACAGAAGACUCUUCAUUUUGCAUCGAAGGCAAUAAAAUAAAUAUAUGUUUGGAAGACCUAAGUUUUUUUUUUAAAUUGAAGCUAUGUACACAGUACAUGCAGACUAUAAGUAUGUAUUUCCCUGAGUUUUGAAAAAUGAAUAUAUCACAUAUUGAGCACCCAUGUUGAGAUAAAGAAUAUUCCCAUCACUGUGGGAAGUUUGGCAAAAGCUUUUCUCUGUUAAGGUCUGGUUCCUUUCUCCAGAUUCUUUCUUGAUUUUCUUGCUUUGGGGCAGGUACUAUCACCUCCUUAUGUUGUCUUGGCCUCUCCCAUAGCCUAUGAACAGACUUCCUAAAUUACUCCUUUUGCUGAUGACACACUUUUUGAAUGAGACACAGUUUACUUUUUCUGUAUGAAUGCUCCUGGUUUUUCCUCGCCUGAUGUCUCUCUUGCCAUUACUAAAUUCUGCCGGCAAUAUAUUUUAUGCUUUAACACCACUAGGAUUCAGCCUCCAAAGGGGUCACGUAAGUGCUAAGAAGUGUUCCAUGUCCAGCGUUUUCGGUAUUGUCUCUGACACUAUCUGACCCCUGCCAUUACUCAGAAUUUACAUAGUUCUUGUGUACAUAAGUCUUUCUGCCCCUCAACAGUUAGUAAAAUGUACUAAAAAUCUGGGUGAUGGUCAAUUGUAGGAAGUUCAGCUCGGCGGCAGACCAGUUAUUCCUGUGCACUGGAAAUAUUUUGCUUAUUUGCCUCAUUUUUUUGUCCUCCUGCAAAAACAUGUUUCUUAAUUAGUACAGAACUCUCCAUGUUGUGUUUUAAGUCCUUUAUCUGUGAGUUUUUUAAAAACCUUCCUUGAAUAUAAAGGAUAGCCAUAAGUAAAGUUUUUAAAAGUAUUAUUUAAAAGUUGCCAACCAUAAUUAUGUUAUUAUUUUUUGAAUCAGUGACUAAACUAAGACUUUUGGAAUAAUAUGGCAAAUGAGCAUUGCUUAUUGGAACUAUUCUAAAAAGAUCUAAAGCAUGUUUGUUCCACCUUCUCUGUGUAUUUACACCUCUUCGAUUUUGCUUUAUGAGUAGCAAAAGCAAACUGUCACUAUUUGCUGUAAAUUGAAGCUUUUAAUAACUAUGUCUGUUCUACAACAUUUGUCAGCUUUGAAUAUUCUGUCAGUAGAAAAUAAAAAUAGCAGGGAAACUCAGCAGCCGUGACAUGGAGAAUUUAUCUGCUUAUGCUAAAGGAAGGUAAAAAAAUACAUAUAAUCUUGAAGGGUGAGCAUUUGGCAUUUUUCCUUUAAAUGAUGUAAAUUUGAACUGGCUCUUCCUCGAAUAAAUUUUAGAUGAAAAGUUGGCAAAAUAAAUGAAUAAGUUUCAUCACUAAA